CUAAAAAUUAAACUAAAAUGAAGAUCAUUGUAGGCUUAACAUUGUUGCUUAGCUGCUGCAUGGCGCUAAUUUUGGCCGAUCCGGGACAGGAUGCUGAAAAGAUCUGGAAGGACUGUAUGACUGAGAACGGCAUUACGGAAAAGGAUAUCGAUGACUUGAAAUCGGGCGCCACUAAGCUCGAGGAUGCCAAGGAUAACAUGAAAUGCGGCUCGCAGUGUCUGUUUGCCAAAUUUGGAUUCAUGGAUGACAAGGGCAUGUUGCUGAAGGACGCUAUAAUGCAAUUCCCCAUUGAGCCGGCUAUGAAGCCCAAGGUAGAGAAGGCUCUGGCUACUUGUGGCGAUACCAAGGGCGCUAAUCCCUGCGAUACGGCCUAUCAGAUUUCAAUGUGCCUGUUCAAGAACCACCAAGAAAUUAUGAACAUGUAAAAAUUCAACAGCUCUCAAGGAAAUAAAUAUAGUUUAGUAUUGAAAUUUAUUCAA